GAUUAAAUCUGCACUUAUCUCGCCUACUAUUUAUCGUCUAGUCAGUGCUUAAUCUCCACUUUGUGAAAAAAUGUCGACUCAGAUCGAGAGUGAAGUCAAACAGUGGCUAGCAACAGCCUUUAAAUUAAAUUUGUCCAAUUUCUCUGUUAAACUUGUGGGAAGUUCGGGCAAAGGCGACGGCUACGUCGGUGACAUACUUUUCGCCCAACUCUCAACCCCUGACCAAGUACACAACCUCGUCCUAAAAUGCAACAAACGAAGCAAAACCCUUCAGCAGUACCAAACUUUCACGCGCAUUUUCCUUCACGAAAUGUUCCUCUACGAGACCCUCCUACCUACUUUCAUCGACUUUCAGAAGGAGAAAAAUUUGGCGGAAAUUUUCGACAGUGUGCCAAAAUUUUACGGAAGCUACAAGAGUGAAAGUGCGCACGUUAUAGUUCUUGAAGAUUUGAAAAAACUGGGGUUUGAAUUGUGGCCAGUGACGAAACCACUCAAUCGGGAGCAUAUCGAGGUGGUGGUGCGAGAAUAUGGCAAGUUUCAUGCGACUUCAGUGGCCCUGAAAACACUGAAGCCUGAAAAGUUUCAAGAAAUUUUGACUUCGUUGGGACGCUCUUUGAGCCACAUUUUCCAGUCGCCUGUCAUGCAAAGUAUUGUCACGAAAUGUGUGCAAAAAGGGAUCGAGCUGCUUGAGGGCGAAGUGGAGGAGAAAAUCAUCGCAAAAUUGAAACAUCUGAGGGAAAAUAUCGCUAAUAUAACUGUGGAAUUUGAGGAAAAGGCGCCGCUCAAAGUAGUGUGCCAUGGCGACUGUUGGAAUAACAAUUUUAUGUACAAAUAUAACGAUAAUUCGAGAAAUGUUCCGUCAAAAGUCGCAAUAAUCGACUGGCAGAUAGCGUCUUACGGAACACCCAUUUCCGACUUGUCCUACUUCCUUUUUAGUUGCAUUUCGGCGAAAGAUAUCGAACGUAUGGAAGAUAUUUUGCUUGUUUACCACCAGUCCUUUUCAAGUCACUUGGAAAAGUUUGGCUUGAUUCCUGAAAAUUUGUACCCUCGUGCACAAUUUUUAAACGAUUGGAAAAACUGUAGCAAAUUUGGGUUUGUAAUGGCACAUAUGGCCACAAGAGCCUCGUAUGUCGAAAAAGACGAUAUUGUCGAUCUGGGGGAAGCCCUCGACAAGGGGAUGAAUCUGGCUGAUUAUUUUUCAGGACAGAUUGGAAAUGUAGAAGGGUAUAAAAAGAGAAUUACGUAUUUGGCGAAAUAUGCCUAUGAUAAUAAUUUAUUAUAAAAAAUGUGGAAAACAAAACAAAA